UUCCAUGCCAAUUCGUGACCUGGACUUUUUCUCCAAAGCCUACAGUGAGGUGUGGCAGGCGCCGAUUCAACCGGCCAUGGCCAAUCGAGGUGCCUCAGGUAUCGAUGGCGUGAUCAGCACUGCAGCCGGAAUCUGCGCGGGAUGUGAGGUGCCAUGUACGCUGGUCAUUGGAGAUGUUGCAAGCAUUCAGGAUAUCAAUGCCUUUCAGCUUUUGGGUGGCUCGCAGGCACCUCCCCUCACGGUGGUCCUCAUCAACAAUGGUGGAGGUGGCAUUUUCUCCUUCCUUCCCAUCAGCAAACACAAGGACGUGAUGUCGCCCUUCUUCAACGAACCGCACGAAGCAGACUUUCAAUCCAUAUGUAAUGCCUUCAAUGUGCCGCACGUCUUGUGCAAUUCGCUGCAAGACUUUGAGGCGGCUUACGUCACCUCCCAGAGUCAGAAAACAGGUUGCGUCAUUGAAGUUCAACCUGCCUUGAACUUUGAG